AUGUUUUAACUUGUAUUCUAAAUAAUUGAGUUUAUGUUGUCUUUUGGAUUGUUUCUAUUUAUAAAAUUGGGAAGAGAGGAAACCAAAAUGAGUGGGAGAGUUCUUAAAUUUGCAUAUUGA